AUGAUACAAAAUUAUGCCAAUCGGUUACGGCAAGGUGUUGAAGAGAACAGCGUUAUACAGGAUUUUCGACUGAAAUUUCCUCAGCGGUUUCACGAGCUGUGCAUGGUGCAUUUGUCUUUCUUGAUUGAUAUACCGUGGAAUAUCUAUGAUCAACGCUCCGGAACAGCGCAAGAUAGCACACCAAAAUCGGCUUUAAAGCGUUUAUUGGCUGCGUCACGUUUUGGCCAUAAUCCGACCAAGACAGACCCGACGCCAGAAUUCCUGGUGAACAAUGCACUUCACCUAAUCGAUCGUCUGAAUGAUGAUCAGUCAUGUGCAGCUGAGGGAAUUUUUCGCAAAGCUGGUCAUAUGCAACGCAAACGUCAGCUUCUUGACGCCCUUCUUUUACCCGAAUUCGAUCCGGAUAGCAUUCCAUGGGACGUAUAUACGGUGCACGACUUGGCCACCGCACUGAAAUCACUCAUUGCGCAUUUGCCCUCACCACUAUUGACAAAUCGUCUGAUCCCACUGUUCCUUCGUGUGGCCGGUCAUGAGGUCAGCCGUCGACCUGUUGAGCGUUUACAUAACAAUCGGGAUAGAUGCAAUCUUUUGGCUGAGACCGUUAAUCCUGAAUUUAAUCGGCCAGCGAUAAGGCCUGAACGUGCCAGUUGGAGUUCCGUGAACUACAAGCGGGCUUCAACAUGUGGUGUGGGUGUGGAUAUGCGCGCAAAUGUGAUCCGACUGAGAACAAUGACAACGUCAACCGGCCUAAUUGAACCAGAAGUUCAAGGGAUGGUGCAUAGUUUUGAUGCACUGGCCACUCCGGUUUCGUCCAACGAGGGUCAAUCGAUGGACAAUGUGCACUGGGAUCUGAUCCGGAGUAAACAACUCAAAGCCUUACGACUCCUGGUCCAAUUGCUCCCAUCGUCCAACCGGCAAUUGUUCAACAGACUCAUGGCACUGCUUGAUCGUGUUGUACGAUCCCAGUCGAGCAAUCGAAUGACCAGUGAAAAUUUGGGCACAGUCUUUGGUCCCGUAUUCUUCCCCAACGAGCUUUCACAGGAUGUAACUAACACCUCCAAGGUGUUACGAGUGUUCCAAGGUCCAGAUGACUCACCACCGCUCCACACCGGGAUUAGAUUUGCCACACCAACCUUGGUUAGCACAGCGAACGCCCCGACCCACUUCUCUUCUCCUAAACGCGUGAACUCAUCCCCGUCGAUGAUUAAUAUCGUCCAGAACCGUACUCACGGAGCAUGUGAAUUGGCCACUCACACCGAAACUCCGGAUACUCCCAAACAAUCGACUCUUACAGGCAAAGGUCAUUCCUUAUUCAGUUCCCGUUGUGAGUCCCCUACCCAACCACCCAGUGCUUCUGCACCCAAGACACAACGCCGUGGUUCUUUCUUGACUGCUCAUCUACCCAGAUCCGAUUCGACCUCGGUCAAGCAUUCCGUAUCCAUACCAGAUUUGGAAGGCUCUUCUACUCGUAAACCCGGGAAAAAACGCCGUUACACUGAGCUUCGAUUACCUAGCUCAAUCACUCGAAAUGGUCCACGUCGUCAUUUUUUCUCUCCUUGCCCACCGUUGGGUUUCCAUCCGUUUCGUCGACCCAUGGUCGAGAAACGUAGUCCGUCACCUGGUCUGAAUCUCAGACCUCAUGCGACUGAAAUUCAACCACUGUCAACCUGGUGA